AUGUUUUUCUUCUCUUUUUUCCUCUUUUUUAUUUUUCCUUCAAUUCUUUCUACUUCUCUUUUUUUCUUCUUUUCUCUUCUUUAUGUCAUUUACUUCCUCUUUUUCUUUUUUUUUCCACUUUCUUUUUCUUUUGCAUUUCUCGUAUUUUCUUUUAUCAUUCUCGUCUUUUUUCUUUCUUUUCUACACGUCUUUCCUAUUCUCUUUUAUUUCUUCCUCGGUUUUAUUUCUCUCCUCUUUUCUUUGUUUACUACUUUUGAUCAUUUUUUCGCAUUUAAUCUUCCCUUCCGUAUUUUACUAUUCCUUGUUUUCUUUUUUUUCUUUUUAUUUCUUCAUCUUCGUUUUUUUUUUUUUACCCUCUCUUUAUUAUUCUAUUCUUUCCUUCUUUUCUAUCCCGUUUUCGCUCCCGUCCAUUUUGUUCCACUGUAUAUCUCUAUUUACCAGACACUCCUUUUUCCAUGA